UCUGCAUAACAUGCGCGCUGCAGGGGUGACUGCGCAGAAUCAGUUAGUGAGGUGUUUCAUGUCCCGCGAUCUGUUAAUGUUUUCAGUAGUUUACUGCUCUGAACCAGGAGGACCAUGAGGCGCUGCGGACAGAGCUGACACGGGCACAGACGGAGGGUCACUCUUCUGUUGACAUGGCCGACUCCAAGCUGAAACCAAGGAGCCAGAGGGAUGGAGAAGAAGGCCCCGAUGGAGGCUGGGGCUGGGUGCUGCUCCUUGCGAUGUUCGUCAGCACGAGCCUCGUGUUCGGAUUGAUGCGCAGCUUGGGGGUCUUCUUCGUGGAGUUCGUCCAGUACUUCGAGGAGAGCGCCCAGGCCAUCUCCUGGAUCUCCUCCAUCGGCCUGGCAGCGCAGCAGUUCUUCAGCCCAUUGGGGGCAGCUCUGUGUAAUGCAUAUAAUACCAGAUUGGUGGUAAUGGCAGGAGGCUUCCUCUCUGGGCUCGGACUCAUACUGGCCUCACAGGCCACCUGCCUGGUUCACCUCUACCUCACUAUGGGAUUAAUCUCAGGUUUGGGCUGGGGGCUGGUUUUCACCCCCAUGUUGGCCACAGUCAUGGCUAACUUCACCCGUAGACGAGCCCUGGCUGUAGGACUGGGCUUCUCUAGCAUUGGCCUUUCUUCCUUUGCUUUUAACCCACUUUUCCAGCUGCUGGUUGAGACGUAUGCCUGGCGGGGAGCCCUGCUCAUCCUUGGGGGCCUCAGUCUCAACAUUGUGGUCUGCGGAGCCCUUAUCCGACCAGAGUGCUCCUCUAAAGCCCCGGCAAAGGUGGAGUCACAGAGCAAACAAUCAUGUUCUGAUAUGCUGCAGAGAGUCUCCUCCUACCUGGAGGUAUCACUGCUCUGUGAGAGGCCUUAUCUCACCUACACUUUAGGAGUUACUUUUUUUAACUUCGGCUACUUUGUGCCAUAUUUCCACCUGGUGGCACACAGCCGGCAGGUGGGCUUCUCUGAGUACCGGGCGGCGUUCAUCAUGUCAGCUGCAGGCGUCACAGACAUCUUUGGCCGAAUAGCGUCAGGCUGGUUCUCUGACUUGGGACACUUUCGGAUCAUUCACCUACUGACGCUGUGGACGGUUUUGGCGGGGACGUUCAUCAUCCUACUGCCUGUGAGCUCCUUGUCGGGUUCCUACACCGCAUUGAUGAUAAUCAGCCUUCUCUAUGGGUUCUGCUCUGGGGCUUUGACCUCCUUGGUGUUCGCUGUGGUGCCAAUGAUUAUGGGGGUGGAGCGCAUGAUGGGGGGCCUUGGGCUUCUGCAGCUGAUCGAGAGCAGUGCAGGACUGCUGGGUACUCCACUGUCAGGUUGGCUCAGAGACAUCACAGGAAACUACGUCGCCUCCUUCAUGGUGGCCGGCUCCUUCGUGCUCCUCGGCAGCCUGACCAUGACCACGCUGCCUGGCUAUUUCUCCUGCACGGACCCACCACCUCCUCAAAGACCCACCCUCAUUGAAAACAGUGAAACUUUGCACUUAGAGCUGGGACCGGAGAACAGCUACUCCUCUGAGUUCAACCAUCAAGCCGUGGAACAAACAGCGAGGUGAAAUGACCAGGGGAGAUCUUUCUGUUUGCAAAAGUCUGCUGAGUGUUUUACCAUAAUAUGUCAGAGGCUCAGUUUGAAAUGGGCAAGUAAAAGACAAGUGGAGAAAAAAAAGCAAUGCACCUCAUCUAAUGUGCAUUUUUAUGCUACUUGACAAAGAUAUUAGGAUGCAUCAAAAUAUGUAAUUUUGAAAUACAGCUAGGGAAUAAGUAUUGAAACACUUUAGUAUCUGUCUCUGUAAAUAAAUUUUAAACGAGGCAAUUAUCUUAUUAUUAAUGGACCAAGCGCAUGUCUAGCUUUAUCCUUUUUUCAGUUGUGCAGUGUACCAAAUGCUGUAAAAAAAAAAGCCCUUAGAACACCACAAUCCCACUUACAAACUUGUGAUUUUAGGGCCGUUUGCAGCUACAUUUCUCCUCUAAACAUGGGGUAAGCAUAGUUCAAGGAAAAAUAUACUGUCCCAUACAUACUUAAAGGCUUUAUGACAAGUUUUGUUAUGCUUUUCUUCAGCAGUGGAGUCUUGCGGACAGAGUCCAUAGUGGCCAGUUGAAAAAAAGAAAUAGUUUUUAUACUAUUCCAGGUAUUUCUGAACUCUCCUGGUGAUUAUUUUCUCUCUUAUCCCUCACCGGAUUAUUUUGAUUCCUCUUGUGGAAAUCUUGAAGGAUGCCCUGGCCAUGGCUGUUUUAAAUAGACUAUGUUGUUCCCACUUCCAGAUAAUGCCUGCCGAGUGGGAACAUUUUUACGUAAUUGUACUGUUUUACAGUAGCUUUACAGUAAUUUAAUUUUAUAUGAACAUGUCAAUUACUCAGCCUUAUGUACAAAUAAGCAGUACAGGUAAAAUUUAAGUUGAUACCAACAUUUCCAGAGAUAUUUCAUGCCAGUGGCUUCAUGGGGAAUAUUUUUGCUGAUAGAUGCCCUCAUAUGUUUAACACACAAAUCUCUCAAAGCAGUAAUUUGAAAUUUUCUUUUGACAUAAUAUAUCCUUUUGUUGUCUAAUAAUGAUUAAGACAUACAAUCCUGCCUGUAUGUAAGGCUGGAUAAUAGAUCUGACCUUCAACUAUCUAAAUUUAAUGAGAUUUUUUUUUUUGAGAAAUCAAUCUAAAGUAUACAUUUUUAUUCAUUUUAAUUAUUGAUUUGGUUUAAAGAUAAAUCAGAUGGUACAGAAUUAGCUCUAUGAAGAGAUUAAAGGUCCUCAACAUAUCCAGUCUGCGUUGUUAUACCUCUGGGAGACAGCAGCUCAGGUUUAGUUUUUUUUAGAUUGUUACUUGAUACUUUCUUAAAUAAAAAAAGUUUUUUAUACGGUACAUAUUAAACCUUGGCCUGACAGAAGUUCCCCCCCUUAGCUAACACUUUAUUACCAAGUCAUGCGGAUGAAUGUCUUUUAAUGAGGUGAAGUUCUUUCUCCUUGUAGGGGAAAGAACUCUACUGACUCUGAUUUAUUAUGAGGAACAAAGAUCUACACCAAUCAGAGUCAUGACUAUCCUUAAAUCACUGCACUGCAGGAGCACAAUACUCUUGUUUUCUCAAGGGCACGUUCUGAUGACCCUCUUAUUUUGUUUGCACGUGUUCAGCGAACCUCUGUAAACCAUAAACCGAGGAUGCCUUUGUAACACUAGAGAUGUUUGGCCUCGGGAACAGCUGGGUGAACAUUGGGGUCACAAUGAACUGCUGGUUACUGACACACUCACUGGAGGGUUGGCGCAAUGAAAGAGAGCCCUGGAUAAAACUGGGGACUAUUUGGAGCUAAAAAUGUUUUCGUAAC